CAACACACACACAUUGGCACAUAAAGACGGACAGACAAGAACGCGUGGCGUUUCCCAGCCAUAUGCCGUCCCUCCUCUGGAAUGUGAUUAUCCUCUGUGGAGAAAAAAAAAUGAGGCUGAGCGGAAAACACACUGAGGGGGAAGCAAGUGAGGGAGGAAAGAAAUAGGAGGAGGAGUGAACCAAGUGUAGAGAGAGAGAGAGAGAGAGAGGAAGGAUGGAGGAUGCAGAGUGUGCGGCAGCACGGCUAGAGUAGAGAGGGAGGGUUCAUGAGAGGGCUGUUCAGUCUGCCGUGAUUCUCUGGAUAAAGACGACGGCUCCGUUCCUCUGGAGAACUGAAGUGGAAAUCUCUUUCGCCCACACUUAUCGCUGCCAUCUCGAAACCGACGAAGCCUCGCAUCAGAUAAAGCUGGCAACCCCAGCUGCUUUCCCUCCAAACAAUCUGAUGAAGAGGAACCUUGUAUUGGGGUGAAAAUUGCUCAAAACAAAGCUGUUGGCAGAAGCAGUCCUGAUGAGCAAGGUCAUCCAAAUGAGAAGUUGAAUCGUGGAUGCAGAUUCAGCAAUAAGAGCCAAACUGGAGUAAAUGGAAGAGUUUCAGACCUACGGCCACCACUGCAUCCCAAACCACAAGUGCCUCCUAAGCCAGCACACCUUCAGAGUCCGGUGACAGAAGUCUCCUUUCCUCUGGCUGCUGGAACGUUACUCAUCAUACCCAGCAUGGAGGGGGGAGGAGUAGAAGCAGUAGGAGGGAAGGGCCGAGUGUCCAACCUCAUCAGUCGCUUUGAGGUGAACAGUCAGGCAGACAGUCGGAGGGAGGGCGCUCUGAAGCAGGUCAGCAGAUCUCCUAACACCAGUCCGCCUCAUAAGAACUACCAGAGACCGACGGAGCAGCCCACAGACUCCGGUGCAAACAGCCCACGUCAUGCUCUCAAACCCCCCAAUGGGGUUCUAACACAAAUGAACAGAGACCGGGACAGAGAGGGGGACAUGGAUGGAGUUACACACGACACAGUUCCGGUCGUGAGGAUAGAAUCGCAGGGACUGCUGAAUGGUGAUGCUGCCACUAUGGAUAAGAGGGCAAUAAUUUACGAGGACUCUGUAGAUCUGCCUCAUGCUCCAGACCAGGCCGAAGAGCCGGAGAGGAAAGCUCCUGAGCAGCGGGACGUGGUGAUGGACAGCAUCCCUGAGCAGAAGGAAACCAAUGAGCAGAAGCUCUACAAGAUAGCGAAUGAACUUCUGCAAACAGAGAAGGCCUAUGUUACACGGCUUAACUUAUUAGAUAAGGUGUUUUAUGCCAAGCUGAUAGAAGAGGCACGAAAAGACACAUUCCCUGUGGAUGUGGUGAUGAAAAUCUUUUCCAACAUCUCUUCCAUUAAUGCCUUCCACAGCCAGUUCCUUCUGCCUGACUUGGAAAAACGCAUGGGACAAUGGACGUCAACACCUCGCAUUGGGGACAUCCUACAGAAGCUCACUCCCUUCCUGAAGAUGUAUGCGGAGUAUGUGAGGAACUUUGAUCAUGCCAUGGAUCUGGUGAAGCAAUGGACAGAGAGAUCGCCUCCAUUUAAAGCUAUCAUUCUGGAGAUCCAGAGUCAAGAAGUGUGUGGCAGUCUGACGCUGCAGAAUCACAUGUUGGAGCCUGUUCAGAGAGUGCCACGAUACGAGAUGCUGCUCAAAGACUAUCUGAAGAAACUUCCACAGGAUCACAUAGACCGGCGGGAUGCUGAAAAGUCUUUAGAGAUUAUUUCCAUGGCUGCCACACAUUCCAACACUGCCAUUAAGAAAACAGAAAACCUUAAGAAAUUGUUAGAAAUUUAUGAGAUGUUGGGAGAAGAAGAGGACAUUGUGAACCCCUCGAAUGAGUUAAUAAAGGAGGGUCAUAUUCUAAAACUGGCGGCCAGAAAUACCUCAGCCAUGGACAGAUAUCUCUUCCUGUUCAACAACAUGCUUCUGUACUGUGUUCCCAAGUUCAGCUUGGUGGGACAGAAGUUUACAGUGCGCACACGGAUUGGCAUUGAAGGUAUGAAGGUGAUGGAGACGUUCAAUGAGGAUUAUCCACACACCUUUCAGGUUUCCGGAAAGGAACGGACACUGGAGCUGCAGGCCAGCUCUGAACAGGAUAAAAAAAGCUGGAUAAAGGCUUUCCAGGAAACGAUAAACAUCUCCCUCCAGAAAAAUGAGACCUUUAAGUCAGCAUGCAAAGAUGUGGAGGAAUCAUCGGAACUUAAGAUAUCGGAGCUGGGUAAAAGAGCCCCUCGCUGGAUCCGAGACAACGAGGUGACCAUGUGCAUGAAGUGCAAAGAGGCCUUUUAUGCUCUCACACGCAGGAGACAUCACUGUCGGGCCUGUGGAUACGUGGUCUGCUCGAAGUGCUCAGACUACAAAUCCCCUCUGGAAUAUGAUGGGAAUAAAAUGAACAAGGUGUGCAAAGACUGUUUCUCCAUCCUCUCAGGCCAUAUAGAGAGUGAGGAGAGGGAGGGCAAGAAGAAGGGAAUUCUAGAGUUACGGAAGAAAAUACGACGUGCUCGAACUGUCGUGGUGGAUUCGGCAGCGAUUGAAGCUGCUCAGUUCUCAGGAAGUAGUAUCAUGUGUGGCUUCCUACAGUACUGUGAGAAGAACAAACCCUGGCAGAAAGUCUGGUGUGUCAUUCCUCAGAAAGAAGCUUUAGUUCUCUACUUGUACGGAGCACCUCAGGACGUCAAGGCCCAGUCCACAAUUCCUCUGCUCGGCUACCAGGUGGAGGACAGCCCGAGACCCACCGACCCUCCCACAAGCUUCAGACUAUCUCAGUCUAAAUCAGUCCACAGCUUUGUCGCAGAAAGCGAGGAACUGAAACAGCGCUGGCUCAAAGUGAUCCGUAUGGCGGUGACGGGAGAGGAACCAGAAUCGCCUGAAGAAAGCCUUUCUACGGAAAUCACCCAAGAACCAAGCUCUAACGGUGUCUGAGCAAUUUUUUCUUAAAGUCUUCUCUACUGGUGUGGCGAUGCAAUUGGUAAGAAAACGGUUGCUGCGUCAUCAUUAUUGGAUGGUCUGAGCUACAGAAUUUGUCCAGUUGUCCUAAAGUUCCAUUUGGAUUUGAACACAUCUAGGAUAUAGGGGUUAAAAAGACAUGGACAUCAGCUUGACCCUUAGGCCUACUGGACAGAUUUGAAGUUCAUGCAAAUGGAGCACAUGUGAAGAGUACAUGGAGGAACGAAGAGCUAUUCCACCACCUUACGACAGCUGAUGCACUGUUCAAGUCGAAUGUAAAUAUUGGACAACAGUUGGACAAAAUAUUGAACGUUUUCAUGUAUGUAGUGGGCUACAUUGAGGCAAAAAUCCAGAUUUGUGGAUGCCAUUGUAAAGGACACAAGCCUUUUUUUUAAAGCCAAGAUUGCUAUCUACUGCGACUAUAAAUUGCAUUCAGUUGCAGAACGCGUGAAAGCACACUUAUUUAUGGCCAUCGUUACUUUGCCAAAACAUCUUUGUUGAUUCUAGGGUUGCAGCGGUAUAGGCUAUAGUUUCACGAUAUAUAGUUAUAUUAAAUUUGACAAGUACCAUACCGUUUAUAUUAACUAAUGGAUGGUAUUGAAAAAAUGUAACCGCACUGAGAAUCUCAUCUGCGCACGUGACGCACACCUAGAUGCUGAGGCUGAAAAAAGCUUCGCUAAAUUGGUAGCGCGACUCCCAUCCAUUAAGUAUACUUUUCUUCCUUUUGAUAAAAAACAAAGUUAUAGGUUUAAAAUUUGGUCAAUUUUAUCGCAAAAUUCAAACAAUAAAACCGUAACGGCGUUCUUUAAUGUGGUAUGACAAAUCGCUGUAGUUUCAGUUUAAGCGGAAGUGCGCAGUAAACGUGAAAUGAUUAUCUAUUACAGCGCGAAUGUUAACGUCAGAACAAAAGAAACAAUAAGAAACAAAGUUAUAGGUUUAAAAUUUGGUACAUUUUAUCGCGGAAUUCAAACAAUAAAACCAUAACGGCGCUCUUUAAUGUGGUAUGACAAAUCGCUGUAGUUUCAGUUUAAGCGGAAGUGCGCAGUGAACGUGAACCGAUUAUCUAUUACAGCGCAAAUGUUAACGUCAGAACAAAAGGUAUUUGAAAAAGCUCUAAAACAAUUAAAUAAAAUGUAUCUGCUGUCGUUUAAUCGCAUAAUCAGUGUUUUAACCACGGAAAGACGUCAAUAAAACUGCUUUUGAACAUGUCAGGAAACGCAUUUACCUCAGGAAAGUAUCCAUAGCUUGAUAGCUACAGAGAGAUCUCCAGAGGAGCAUAAUGAACCUGUUAAUUUAUAUGUGUGUGUGAGUGAAUAAUUGUCAUAAAGACAAGUUUGUAUGAAAACUACUAUAAUGUGAAAUUUAAAUGUUUGUAAGAAAAUCUGUUUUGUUUGUGCCGAAUUUGAAGUUUGUAGUAUCGGUUACCCUUUUAAUAUUGUAGUAAUGUUCCAAAUGAGGCAUUAAUUGGGAGAUGUGUAGCUGCGAAAUUUAUUUUCAAAUGAAUAAAUAAGGAAACAACUUAUGAUACCAUGAAACCGCUAUAUUUUCAGAGAUGGUUUCAUGGUCAUCAUACCGUGAAAAUCUCAUACCGUUGCAACCUCAACCAAUUCCUGACCAUUCGCAGUAGGCUAGUCCAGGACCAACAUGGUGCUUAUUAAACUUAAUCGGCAGGUUCCGCUUUGCAGUGCUUCAUUCAUCAGAUAUAAAAGAUUCAUAAACAAAGACAAUGUGAAUAAUGUUUCACCCAGCAUAAGCUGUUUCACUUUUCCACAUUUAAAAGCUCAAUGGAAUCAAACAUGAACAGAAUAAUGGCUUUGAUGUCUGUCAGUAGCUCAGCAAUCAACCACAGACAUUGAAUUAUCAGAGAUGGACUGGACCGUGUGUGAUUUUUCAGAUUCAACUAAUUAAUAGAUUUAGUAUUGACAAGAAAUAACUGGUUGUAAAUCAAAUCUGUAUAGAAGUUUCUGUAAUAUACAUUUUAUUCGUUGGCAGUCAGCCGACCAAUAGGGAAGGCUGUGAGGAUGGGUUUUGUUCUGUAUAUGAUGCCUCUACUGUGGGAAGCACAAUCAGACUCAGUAGGCCGCUGGAGCAGGAAGACACGUCAUGUAUAUGUUUUUUAAAUACUACAAUUAUAAUUUUAUUAUUUAAAAAUAAAUUAUGGUAGAUAUGCAUGGUUUUACAUAGCACAAAAUUACAUUUUUAGUCCCUCAGUUCAGUUUGGACCUUUUAUUCAUCCCUUUGUACUGAAGAAAUAUAAGCAUUUUCUCUCUCUCUCUCUCUUUCUUUCCUUAAUCUCUUGCCUUGGUCGCCAGAUCAAGCUGCAUAUUAUUAGAAAUGGACUUUCAUCAGAUCACCAUUGUGAG